AUAUUAUAUAUAUUUAUGCAUGUUACAAAGACAAUCAAGACUGGAAAACGACCAUGUCGAGCAGAGUUUUUUAUCGAGACUCGUACAAAACCUAAUGGAAGCUUUGUAUGUGAAGAAGCAAAAACACGGGCGGAAAAACUUACGACGUUGUUGGGCCAAAAGUCACAUGUGACAAACAAUGCUAUUGCUAGUUUGGAUGAUGAAUAUGCACAAGUUUUUGGUCCAGAGCGUCCAGGACGAGUACGGUGUGUUGGUCGUGGACCUACACCUUCAAAAUUAGUGAACCAUUCACCUGUUACGAGACAAGAGAUAGAGAAUUCAGAAAUGGUUAUUGACCUGAAGUCACAAGUGAAAGAAUUAUCAGAUCAAGUCAAGGGAAUGACUACAUUCAUCCAACAAGUAAUUGGUACUUCAACUGGUGAACAGGCAAGAGUAUGGGCUUCAAGUUUUGCUGUAGCUUUUGCUAACAUACCAAACCCAGCUUUUGCCAACGUACCAUCUCCACCAAAUCCAAAUCAGGAACGGAGUGAUGAUGCUGUUAGAGACUAAGACUCAGACGUUGGAAGCAAUGGCAGUGAUCUUCAUCAACAUUAGUUUAAUAAUAGUUUCAGUAACUUUCAGUUUAUUUUAUUUUUAUGAAUUUGCAUGAUGGAUUAGUUGAUUUGAUUUCUAAUACUUUAUUUAUUAUCUAAAUCAGGUUUUAUUCAUUUAAUUAAUUUUCCUGCAUUUUUAUAUAUAUUUUAAAUCAUAAAAAUGUAAAUAAAAAUAAUAUUUGUAUCAUUUAUAUAUAAGUGAAAUAUAUUAUAAUCAUUUAUGAAAACUGAUAUAGAUUUAGCAUCAAUUAUAUACAAAUGAUGAUAGAAAUUUAAAUCACUAAAUUGUAAAUGAUACAAUUAUAAAAAUCACUUCUUAAAACUGAUAUAAAUUUAACAUCAAUACGUAAAAUGAUAAUAAUACUUUAAAUCACUUGCUUUAAAUGAUAUAAUUAUUAAAAUCACUUUUAAAAAAAUGAUUUAAGGUUAACAUCAAUUGUUUAAAAUGAUAUAUUAAUUAAAAUCGCUUGUUAUAAAUGAUACAAUUACUAAUAUCAUUUCUAAGAAUUGAUGUUACAGUUACAUCAGUUUAUAAUAAAUGAUUUAACAAUUCAAAUCAGUUUUUCUAAUUGACACUAAUACUAAAAUCAUUUCGCAUAACUGAUCUUAAAGUUAACAUCAUUUUCUUACAAAUGAUACAUUUUAAAAUCAUUUAAAAUAAUUGAUGUAAAUAUAUAAUUUUAUUACAUCAGUUUUGAUUAAAAUGAUGUAAAUUAUUUGCAUCACCACUUUCAGAGUCAUUUAUUUAACUGAUGUAAAAGUUUUUUACAUCAUUUAUAACUAAUGCAAAUAUAUAAAAUAAAUGAUGUAAACUAGUCUUUUUUUUGUAGUGAUUUACCUACGUUGGCGGGAAACAAAACCGUCAUCUAAACAAUGGCUUCUCCCUCCAUUGACCUAUGUUAUGUAGCCAUGUAGGAACAAAGCAUCUGCUAUAUGAAACGGUCCCACGGCUUGAAAUAGAAUUCAAAAAAUCUUAGAAGCUAUAUAAGGAGAAGCACCAAGGAGUCGUCAUCAUCAUCAUUCACUAGAUCUUAGAGGUUUUGUAGCUUGUUAGAAUAAUACGAGGCAGAUAGCGCUUCCAAGAUCAUUAACUUGCUCCUUUGAAAAUGUACCUUAAUAAAAGGUAUCACAGAUUGAAAUCACAAUAGCUUUUGUUUCGGCCAUGAUGCAAACAAGAUAUUCCUAAGGACUAACGCAAACUACGGUCGUGAUAAUUCAUGACUCUUAGGAUUUUACCCUUGCGCCAAUUGAACAUUGUUGAACUCACACAUAAUCUUCUUAAAAAACUAAUACAAAAUCUCACUUUAUAGAAAAACAAAAAAAAA